UUGCCCAAACGCGAGCUCUCUAAUCAAAACAUCCGUCUGGAUGUUCUCUCCAUUGAGAAGACAAAGCGCACUCUUCUAAUUGGCUUUAUUACCUUUCCGCUGACCAUUCUUGCCCAAACCGAGUCCGAAUGGCGGCCAAUUCGAGUGGCAAGAGACCUUCAGCUGGAUGACGGCUCCAGUGUGAGUUUCCGUCGUGACGUUUUGUAA